AUGUUGACUCUGGCCGGUCAGCCUGUCAUCGACGAUUCGAUCCGUGAAGCAGAUGUCCACCCAAGCACUGAACACGCCCCCAAUCUCCCCCGGGGUCGCAUCCAUCUGGUCCAAUCGGGCCGUCCAGGAGGCGUGCUUGAUGCGUUCGAUUUCUGUGAUGCCGGCAAGCACUUUGCCCUGGUGGUUCCGGACCGCGCCGCCCGUUGUCCCGCCCUCCUGCAUGCCGUGUACUCGGCUUCCGCGCGGCAUCUCAGUCGCUGUCAGUCGACAGGCAGUCGACCGGUAGCAUUUGCUGGCCGGCGUCUGCCCGAUCUUGGGGAUGGCACUGCCCUGGAUUACCAGACUUUGUGCAUUUCCCACCUGGUAGCCCUCUCCGGUGAUCCCACGGAGAUCCAGAACGAGGACCUGCUCGCCGCGUCCGUCAUCUUGCGCUUCUAUGAGGAAUUCAAUGCGGCUCUUGCUGGUGGCGACGUUGGGACUCACCUUCGUGGAACCCAAGUCUUUCUCAACGCCCAAGGGGCCACUGCACUCCGUCAAGGGGGCCUCCAGCUGGCAGCCUUCUGGAUUGGCAUUCGCCAGGAGUUCCGCAAGGCAUUCCUCGAACAACGCGUCGUCGAACUCGAUCUGAGUUGUUGCGACACCUCCAUCUAUCGGCAGCUCGACCCGGCAGACGACGCCACCUGGGCGAAUCGGGCGGUUCUGCACUGCGUCGAUACCCUCACGUAUUGCUAUGGCGAUGGAUGUCAGACGCCUUGGAGAUAUGACCAGCUGUGCGAGUACAGCCGCCAGUGGCAGGCCCGCACCCCGCCAACAUUCGAUCCAUUGUACUGUCGACCGCCCAACCUAUCCAAAGGGGAGGUGUUUCCCGUGCUCGGGUAUUUGGACGACUGCACUGUCACUGCAAUCCAGCACUGGCAUCUGGCCCGCCUCCUGCUCACGGUGUUUGAUCCCACGGUUCCUCGCCUUGGCCCCGGUCGCAAGGCAGCCAUCGCACGCAGAGAGACCGCUCCGGCCCUUGUCGCCGCGUGCAUGGGAGUGUCAAUGUGUGGAGAUCGCAUGACCGACCGUCGGGAGCAAGAGGCCCUCCUUAAUAUUUUGAUCAAGACCGAACAGAUUCAUGGUUUGGCCACCGUGGCCGCUCAGACAUAUCUCAAGGUGGCCUGGGAGUGGACGCUUCCGGCGUCGCCAUAG